AUGGUUAGGGGUCAGCCCAGGGAUAGACAGAGAGUUCUCCGUCCUAAAACUGUGGCUCUGGAGAAGCGCAUCAGAUCUCAGACCUUCUUUCAUGAAGGGGCGAAUAUACGCACAUGGAGAAUUGCACAAAGCGACCUGUACAGGUCAAAAUUCUACGAAAGAGAGAUCCGAAAUGAGGUCUUGAGAGACUUGAAGCUGAACCCCGUCGAGCUGGACCUGCUAGGGAAACUCAAAACGGAUAGUCAGGGCAGUUUCAGUGAGGCUUGGGAGGCGUUAAGCAAGAGGGACAAAGCCCUUCAUUGGCAUAGUCUAUCCUUAUGGUUGUUGAAGGAGUCUCCAGAGCUUGCCUUAGAAUUCUUGUCGGUGACCACUCAUGGCAAGGAGAGGCCUGUCUUUGUGAUGGUCGCAGAUGCCUUCCUUUUCUUGGACUCUUUUCACUAUGACAGGCUCAAGGACUGGAGAAAAGGGCCGCACACAUAUCAAUCUGUCUUCAAUGCUGCCUUGGGCCCCCGCAAUUGGCCAAUUCUCUUUUUGCCGCAGAAAAUCGUUCGACUUUAUGUGAAGCGCGCUGAUCGUGACGCAAUCUACUAUGCUUAUAAACUUGUGUGUGAGCGCAAGAUUCAUACAAAAGCGGAGACCCAUCUUUGUUUCAUGUGGCGAUUUAUCGAGUUCAAGGACGUCAAUAAGGCACUUGGCGUUCUUGAUAACGUGCGGCGAAUGAAACAGGUUGAGUUUGGGAUGGAUUCUCAAAGCGUGAUGCGCCACUGCUGCAAGCUUCUCACGCUUGAUUCGGUUCAAGAAGGGCCGGAAGGGCGAAAUUUCUACAUUCUUCCCAAAUUACUCAAAAUGGGUGUUCGGCCAGAUAGGGAUAUGAUGAACGUCGUUUUGUCCAAUGCCUUCAAAACAGGUGACGAGCAGUUGGGGCUCGAUAUGCUGGAGUAUAUGAAAAAUAAUGGCCUUGAACCAGACUCUUAUACCCAUUUGAUCCUCCUCAAUGAUGCUGUUGCGCGAGGGAAUCGAGACCGCGUUAGUUCAUUGAUCCGGGAGAUCGAAUCUAACGAGGAGCUACUGAAGAAUCCUUGGAUCUCGAGUAAGAUCUUUCAUGCUCAUUUCGUUUUCACUGCGAAGCAUAUAAAUCCGGAUGACGACCCGGAUGCGGUGUUCUACUCCAUGCUGGAGAUGUAUAACAAGCUACAUGAUAUUACUCCUUUGAAAGAGCUUUCUAUCUUACCACCUGAAUACACGCCCCCACCAGGAGGUGACAAUACGCCACCGACCACGAUCGCUUUAUUUCUCAUGAUUGCAACAUAUCUACGCUGUCGAAGGCGUGUCUCUAUUGCUCAGCGCCUUUAUACGAACUUUCGCUCCCUGGUGCUGCAGGGACACCCCACAAUUGCUCCUCUGGCAGCAACCGAUCACGUUUACAACGAGUUCCUCGUGGCUUUUCGGGACAAUCCUCGGGGGUUGCGGCCAGCUAUGCGAGUAGUUGAAGACAUGCUGCAGACAUCUGCCCUAACAAGCAAUACCCGGGGCAUGCACGAACAAGCAAGUGGUCAUGUCAUGCCUUCUGUUCGAACAUGGACAAUCUUGAUGAGUUGCUUUAUCUUCAACAAACAACCGCACGCUGCAGAGAGGGUGAAGGAGAUGAUGGCUGAACAUAAUGUUGAAUUCAAUAAGGUCACCUGGAACAUUAUCAUCAGUGGUCACGCCUGCAAACAAAGAGUUUUUGACCUUGCCCAGACAAUCAAAGCUAUGGAGGACGCGGGAUACGUCAUUGACUCCUACAAUAUGAAGGCUCUUCGUUACCUUCGAGACCCUGAACGACUUUGGGUGGCUCUGGAAGAGUUGGACAAGCUAUCACAACCUUCUCUCACCACAUUGGCCGACUCUAAACUCGCACCUUCAAAGAGCGACAAAAAGACAAGGGACGAGCUUUUGGAUCAAGGGCUUAAACGGUUGAGGGAGAAACUAAAGCCCAAAUUAUGA